AUGGCGGCGCCCAUGGCGGAAGGUGCGCCCCCUCUGGGGGUUCCCGAACCCCCCGGGACCCCUCAGGACGCGGCCGCGGCGGAGCCCGAGGAGGAGGAGGAGGAGCUCGAUUUCCCCCAGUUCGAUUUCGGCCGCCCCCCCCACCCGGUUUGGGGGGCUCGGGAGGAAUUCGCGAAGCGCCCCGAGAAUUACCUGCGAGGCUGCAAAUGGGCCCCCGACGGUUCCUGUGUCCUCACCUGCAGCAACGACAACGCCCUGAGGAUCUUCGACCUCCCCCUGCCCCCGGGACCCCCCCCGGGGGCGCCCCUCCCCCAAAUGCUCCCGGCCGUGCAGGUGGCCGAAGGUGACACCAUCUACGACUUCACCUGGUACCCCCUGAUGGACUCCAGCGACCCCCCCAGCUGCCUGGUGGCCGCCAGCAGCCGGGACAGCCCCGUGCACCUGUGGGACGCCUUCGAUGGGAGCCUGAGGGGAUCGUUCCGGGCCCACAACCACCUGGACGAGCCCGUGGCCCCCCACUCGCUGGCGUUCUCCCCGGACGGCUCGCGGCUCCUCGGGGGCUUCGACGGCGCCGUGCGCGAGUUCCCGACCGAGCGCCCGGGCCGGGGCGGGGCUCAGCGCAGCCUGCACCAGGGUGGCCAUGGCCAGCGAGGCCUGAUUGGCUGCCUGGCCUUCAGCCCCAGCCAAUCGCUGUUCGCCUGCGGCUCCUAUGGGCGGAGCCUGGGGCUGUACCCGCUGGAAGGGGGCGGGGCCGUGGCGCUCUGGCCCCGCCUCCCGGCCGCGCCCACUCACCUGCGCUUCAGCCCCUGCGGGACGCACCUGUACGCCGGCGGGAGGAAGGACCGCCACAUCCUGUGCUGGGACCUUCGUGUCCCCGAGCGCCCCCUCCUGGCGCUGCCGCGGCGCGUGGCCACCAACCAGCGCGUGACCUUUGACCUCGACCCCUCGGGGCGGUUCCUGGUCAGCGGUGACACCGAUGGCUUUGUCACCGUCUGGGACACGCUGGCCCCUCCCCCCGGCCGCGGGGACCCCCCCGAGCUGCCCCCCCUGCUCCGGUUCCGCGCCCUCCGCGACUGCGUCAACGGCACCAGGUAA